GCCAAAUAACUAGUAAAUACCAAACCAAGCAGGAAAUUGUCAACGGGAUAGAUGCUGCUAGUGUUUUUUAAAGUGUUAGUGGCGGCCACGAACGAGUGACGCAGACUUCUUGCGAAGGCCAAGAGAUACAUUGGUGCGCGUUCCAGUGGGGAACAGCCUGGUGAGGUCGGUGUGGCGAACAAACGAUCGCCAGAAGUCGCUUGGCUGCAAGACAGAAGCUACUGCUUGGCUCCUGACCCGUACCGUUCACGAAGCUAAAUAGCAGUUAUCUCUGUCACGUUCUGUGUCACUAGAAAAAACGUGCGCAAAGUGCUUCCGGGUGCGUGGGGAUCUCGGCCUCGUUUGUGAGGCCACAGGACGAUCUUUAGGCGGCCAUGGGCAGCUUCAUUCUGCGUCAGCUGCUCGAACGUUUCACUUCUUCAACAGAAGCCAAAUACAAUCCGGCCACACUUCGCAGCGAACAGAUCGGCGGAGCGUCAGCAGCCAUUCUUCCGGCAGGCGAUGAUGAGAUCGCUCGUGGGGCUCAAAUCCGUGCCGCUAAGCAGAAUUCGCCUCAUAGUAGUCGACGACGGCUUCUGCAACGUCUUCUUCAAGUUAAAAAUGUCCACAAGCUCUUUCAUACUUCGAGACGACGGAGUAGGUUCCACAACUCCCGUCAUUUGGUCCCAGCUCCUAUAGCGACUACGCCUCGAAGGGACGUUCAAACAGAGCAUAACGAUCAGGCAAAAGGCGAAUCUGACACGGAGCCCACACUCGAUGAAGAAUACGACGAACAAAACAAGGGAAAAGGCAUUGAAAAGGAGCGCGAAGGUCUCUCUCAAAAAGAUUUUCAGCUACGACAAACAACAAAACCGGAACAGCGACCGGCCACACCAAAGCACGACACGGCUCGUACGAUUUCCGCAAAUCAACCUAAACGCCACCCAGAUAUCGGCGACGAAAUAGCAUCCCACGACGAAACUGAAGAUGCCCAAUCAGAUCCAGACGGAAUUUCUAUCGGGGCUCAGCAGACUGACGAAGGAACAAUAAGCGGAAGCGGCGGGCUUCUUUCGCUGGCAGCCCGCAGCAAAGUGCAGCCGACGUCUACUGCCAAGACGCGGCGCGCCUUCCAGGAGACGAUCAAACGGAAUGAAGAAGUUCGAACGAAAAGGCUCAUGAAGGAGCUCCGGGACAUACAGAAGAUCGUUGGUUCUCAGAAGUAUCCGGCCUUUACAGUCGAGCUAAUGGACAGCAAUCUUUUCGAGUGGUAUGUUCGGUUACAUCAAGUGGACCCUGAAAGCGCCUUGGCGCGCGAUAUGCUCGAACUGGGUGUUCCGUGCGUCGAAAUGUGCUUCGAAUUUCCCGACAACUUCCCCUUUCUACCACCUUUCGUCCGAGUGCUAUCACCGCACAUAGAGAAGGGCUUCGUUAUGGAAGGUGGCGCCAUCUGUCUCGAACUGUUGACGCCGGCAGGAUGGGCAUCAGCAUACACUGUUGAGGCUAUUAUUGUUCAGGUCACGGCGGCGUUGUCCAAAGGCCAGGCCCGCAUCAACGUUCAACCGAAAGCGUCAAAACAGUUCUCUCGAAAACUGGCUGAAAUGUCGUUUAAAUCGCUCGUAAAAACCCACAACAAAUACGGCUGGGUUACGCCGCCGAAGUCUGAUGGUUGAGUUGAAGAUAUCAGGAAGCACACCGCAGUUUAUGAUCGCACCGUGGCACAUUCAUGAGAUGAAUAUGUAGCAUGAAGCGAUACUUGACCAUGGGCUGAAACGACGCUAGGACGACGUACGAGAAAAUCUAUUUGUGUGAUCUUUGAGAGCGUUGAGCAAAAGCUAUGUAAGCCUCGAAACAACGAGGUCGUUUUAUAUUAAUGUCAGACAGUGCUAUAAAUGAUCUCAUGAUAAUGAAGAUAACUUCAUGUCGUGAACAUAGCAACCUAUUGAUAAGUAAACAGAAACAAGCGAGCUCCCUAUUGUUGAUAUAUAAAUACACGAUCAUUAUUAUUACUAGAUGUUAUUAAAAAAGUGACGUGUUCAUCACAGCAGUGAAAGGACUGGUCCGAGUCUGUUUUGUUUGCUAUCGAAGAUUGACACAUCUGUAAGAUAUGAGAUACGCUCCGGUUCUUCAUCGACCACGCCAUUAUUGUACAAAGCACAUACAGCGAUAUUAUAUGUCAUCUAGACAUCUAAGAAUAUAUAACAUUAUAUGUACACUGAAUUCAAUUUUGGAAUAGAAACGGUUGCGUUUGAUAAUGUGGGCCACGUUUAGGCCAAAAAGGAAAUGUGGGGCAAAUGGGCAGAUAUCUACCUGAGUGAUCAGUGCUUUGCUGACACACGUUACGAUUCAUAUUAUGAGGUUUUCUUCCGUUUGCCGGGAGAUAACCGGCAAAUGAUGGGCUACAACAUGCCCGUCCGCUCUAAUUUCGUUGCCAAAAAGGCGACGCCGUCUCCAGUUUAGUUAUGGAAUUUGUGUUUCAGAUACGUUCUUACACUACCCACGCAAUGGCAUUUGUGCACUCGGCUAAUAACAAAAUACUAAAUACAACAACAGUGAUAAUAACAAAUGCAGACAGAAUCAAAAAGCCGUCCUUAAAGUCCAUCCAGAGCUUGUGCACACUGUUAUUUAUAUAUGCAUUAUAUAUAGUUUUUGGAUAAUUAAUUAUAAUGAUAACUAUUACGUAUCGUUAUAGAUUUGAUGUUUAUUACCAUGACACUAUCGUUCCGAUGAAUAUGACACUGAGAGUUGUCCUGUCACCGACCUUCAUAUCUGUACGCAUCUAUAACACACGUGUAUAAACAUAGAUAGAACGUUAAGCAUCGAACGAAUGUUAGAAAUCCUUGGACAGAUAUGUUGUUCCUAUUGUGGGUCCUUUUAUAACAAUGAAGGUGGUCUUUUCGUUAUGUUCUGUUUUGCUGUCUAAGUUCGAAAAGAGUCGCCAUCACUAAGCCACGUCUAUUACGAAGCGGCAGCUGGGGGCUUAUGAAGCUUCGGGGCGCAGCAUAUCAAUUCCCUGUGUUAGGAAAUGAUACUAUAGCGCAGGAACCGGCCAGCGGACUCGAAGUCGAAGAUCACCCACCAGUUACUAGCAUCACUUCGUUUACUACGCAUGACGCCCGUUUCAGUGAAGAUGAACAUGGUGAUCAAUCACGACCUGUGUGAGCCCUAAUACCGAUAUCGCUCUUGUGAGAUGAUCGAGAGGCCGCCUCAUACGGUGAUAUUUAUUUUAGUUUCAUAGCGCUAACACACACACACACGUAUAUAUACACGUUAUAUUGCUUAGAAUUAACUAUUUUAUAUAGAAUGCAUGUAGAUUAAUAUAGGCGCCAUUUGUUUUGCAAGUAACGAUAUAUUUUUACCAGUGGCGACCUAAGUAAGUUCAAUGUCAUCUUGAAUGCCGCUAUUAUAUGGCCGUGACCACUUCUAAGUUGGAGAUCGAGCGCUGAUCGAUCUUCUAGCUAGCAAUAGUCAACUAUAUAAGCCAAUGGGCUCAUAUAUUUAGCUACUGGUAUUAUGUAAAACUACGCAAGAAUCAUCGUGCUAGAACCAACAGUCAAUUGAGCGGUGCUGUUACGCAUACAGAACAAGCCGAAUACGUUGAUCCUAUGUAGUGUUACAUCGUGUCAGAUCUGAUGUCAAAGCAAAAAACUAGAUCUAUUCUAGUACGGAUCGGAUAAAAAAAAGUAAGGACAAGUCGUUGUGUUUGUUACCUCACGACAUUCAAUGUACUCAUAGAUUCACGGACACGUUGGUGAUUUGCCUUCAUAAAACACUUGUUCUUAGUGCCACUUAGUUUUGUUAUUCUAUUCAGACUUUCGUCAUUAUUGUUAUUGUUAUCAUCUUCUUAUCAAUGUUAAUAUCAUCACGAUGCUGCCAAAUAGACUGUAUCUUCACAGCACAAAUGAAUACCGCCUGAGUCGCUACGUGCUCAACAGUUCUCACGAUGCUGCGUUUUACAGCGGUCCGUUCUGCUGUGCAUUUGCUAAUAAGACGAGUUUUUGGGUGGGCCUUUUCGCAGAAUAGGGGGUGCGGCCUACGUAAUACGACGGCACGUUAUUUCCCACCGCAUGUUAGUUGUCCAUUGAUAAGCGGCAAAUGCGUUUCAAAGUGGGUCGUUAGUCGAAUUCGUACCAUUCUUGUUUCCGCUUUGUGCAGGUCACAAUGUAAUUAACUUUUAAUUUUUCCUUGCAGUUUAUUCUUAACGUAUCCUGAUCUCGAUAGGUCCUUUUCCUUGACGCAUUAAGCACACGAUUACCGUUACGGGCAGCCAAAGGAUCCACUUGUAUGGGUUCUAUCGAAAAUGGAGGAACGUUGAAUGAGCCGUUAAUGAAAGCCUGUCUCCUGACAAAAUCACUAGACAUAACCAAGAUCGGUGCCAGGAAAAGAGUUUCUAAUGUGUUGAAGGUCCACUGACGAGGGGUCGGAUGCAAAUGUGCAGAAGGGCAAUAACUCGCGGUGAAUAAACUAGGUUAUAAAUUAAGUGGGCACAAUUGCAUUCUGGCCGCAACUUUUUUUUUGAAGAUGUACUAAAAUGUAAUAAAAUGAAGCAAAAUACAAGAAGACGACAGUACUGCUAGUUAUACAUAUGAUCUUGAAUAUAUGGUAUAAAUAAAAGGAGAUACUAACAUGAAUUGUGCUGAGAUAGCGUGUAGUAAACGCCGUGACCAAUGAUAGAACAUCGACGGUUAUUUUAGCCUAUUUAGUGAUACGACUGAUAGUUAUAAUAUACCAAAACUAUAAUUAAAUCAACAUAGGAAAUAAUUAGAUACGAAUAAGUUGCUGUUGCUUCGAAUGACGUCUAAAAGCACCGAAAAGUAUACGGAAGGAGCUGCCAAGUUGAUUUCGGCUAAGGUCGUGAUGUUGUCUACGGUCUAUGUAAACUGUUGCCUGAAUUAAAAUAGAUUACAGAUUUCACUAUUCCCGUACAGGGAAAAAGUAAAAUGGUAAUUCACAAAAUAGAAAGGUAAUAGGUAACGCCACCUCGUUUCUUGAUCGACAGCUUUCAACGCACAGCUUCUUCUCAGAUCAGAUCUACAGUGGCGCACCUCUCGGAAGCAAUAGCAGCAGCUCUGAUAUACGCGGUGUUCAGUAGCGGAAGGCAAAUGUUUCUGAGGAUGCAUGAGUCUGUAUCAAUACGAAGUUAGCGAUUACUGUCCAAGUCUGAAGUAUAUAAGGUACACUAAUAUAAGGUAUAUAAGGUAAGGAUGAGGUUAAGGUAGAGAAAAUGCAAUCUGUUAUAAACAAAGAUCGGAACAUAGAUACGUAGAUGAAUCGAUGAUGUACGACAAGCGUGUAAAAACAGGACGGUAAUGCGCUCAGCAAAAGAUUGUGUUUUUAUCGGGCAAUGUACACCCAAUCAAAUAAACGAGUGCGAACCGCUAGUGCGUGUCGUCGAGUGAUUUAGAUUAUUUUAAAGGCUCGAUAACCGCAACAACAACCUCUGUAUACCCUUGAUGCAACUAGUCUAUACCCACGGCCUUAAUUUCAAAUUAGGUUAUAUAUUGACGACAUUUGCGCCUACCUGGCGCCUUCGUGACGUCGACAAUCUGUGUCGAACCCGCUCAAUCGGCGAAGAAACAGAGAACUCAACGGCCGGAACACUUUAUGCGAUUCACAUACAUAUAAAAUGUUGUAAAGCGAAGAAUGAACGGCCAAACGGAAUAAAUGAUAGAACAUUUUUAAUUACUCAGCUAGUUGCAGUAAUAACACUUGAUUACACCCCGUUCACAUAAUAUACUACGCCACCUAAAUAUAUACAAUUAACUGUGCCGAACAUACAAACUAGACAAGAGCCACUUAAGCACUGAGCAAAGGUUUACGGCACGUAGAAAAUCGGCAGUCACCUCCAAAAUAAAUCUAAGAUUUUACAAUUUGAAAUGAGUCAAACACCUCAGCGAUAUAAUAAGCCAGCGUACGCAUACCGUAAAACAUGAUAUGGCCUAUAACACUCGUACGAAUCAAUUUCGUUUUAGAUAUUGAGUAGUACCUUAUGUUGACUGUGACUUUGGGUUGUUUUUCCUCUUACUGAAACUGUCUUUGCCAGUCUGAAUAUUAGCUUUCCUCUCAUUUAAACGAAGCCUUUUCCACCUGAUCAGAUAGUUUAUUAAUUACAAGCGUAUGUACUGCAUAAGAAGAAAGGGAUUGUUACGUGAUUCGUCGACAAGGGCCAAUUCAGUGCUAAAGCCUCGAACGCCGUGUGCCUGGACAAAAACGAGGGCCUUGGCUUAAAUAGUAAUGUCGCGUUCUUUAACUUGUUGGACCUAUACGCAUCAACUAGGACCUUCGCAAUUGAUAGCCAUAUGACGUCUUUCAGAGUUUAUAUUUCCAUUUCAAUUUUAGACUCUACGCCCAAGCUGAUUUUAAUUUCAAGUCUAAAUAAGGGGUUCGCGGCACUAUACGAAGCGUAUCUUGAGAUGAGAGUAAUUAGCAGAAGCAAUGGCACGCUCUGCGCAUCUGAAUUCGGAGAAAAUAAUUGAUAUAUUUUAAUAGUGUUAACUAAGAUAAAGGUUGUUUUUAGAAGAUAUGAUGUCCUGCUUGUAACUGUAUGCAGUUUUGAACAAGAACUUAUCGCUGGGCUGUUGACUCAAAUGGACACGGGGCAAAACGCAAGGACGACCCUCACCUGUAUAGUGUUUAUUCAGAAAUAAAACCCAGAUAUAUUACUAACGUUAGUGGUGUUAAAUGUUAAUAUUGAAAAUAACCAAAGCAGUAAUUAAAUAAUAAUCAUAAACGUAAUGAUUCCGUU